CUGAGCUCCCUAGGUUAGCCACACCUUUGUACCUAGUGCUCAACCAUUAGCUCAGGCUAUGACCCAACACUGCACUAAGGUUCUCCCUGCGGACCAGGGGCUCUACUUAUGAAGAAGCAAAAUCACUUCUGACAAGUUCUCAGAAAUACCAGACCAAGUAUUCACACGUAGGCUUGUGAAAAGCCACAUCAGUAAACUGAGAGGCCUGAAGGGGUGUGUUUUCAUUUUCGGAGAUUAAACCCGGAGUGCCACUGGCGAGGAACGGACAUGCUCGGCUGCUGCUUUCAGUCUCUGGUGCCGUGCUAUGUUUACCCAAAAAGGAGAGGCUGAGACCCUGUUAUUUUAAUCUUUGACUUCUUAUUGGGUUAUAAUAUAAGUGUCACAAUAAGCUAAAAGCUGUGGGAAGAGUACUGGGGGACUGAGCAUGGUUGGAUCCUGAACGGAAGGAGCUGGCGUCGCGGAAAGGAGGAAGGGGAGGAAUGGCAUCCCGGGAGAGGCUGUACGAGCUUUGGAUGCUUUACUGCAGCAAGAAAGAUCCAGAUUACCUGAAGCUCUGGUUGGAUAGUUUUGUUUCUAGCUAUGAACAGUUUUUGGAUGUGGACUUUGAGAAGCUACCAACUAGGGUGGAUGACAUCCCUCCAGGAAUAUCACUGCUUCCUGACAAUAUUCUUCAGGUCCUGAGGCUCCAGCUGCUGCAAUGUGUUCAGAAAAUGUCAGAUGGACUAGAAGAGCAGCAGCAGGCUUUGUCACUUUUGCUUGUGAAAUUCUUUAUCAUCCUUUGCAGAAAUUUGGCUAAUGUGGAAGAGAUCGGGAUGUGUUCAUACAUUAAUCAUGUAAUCACCAUGACUACAUUAUACAUUCAACAGUUAAAAAGCAAAACAAAAGAGAAAGAAAUGGCAGAUCAGACCCCGAUAGAAGAAUUUGUGAGACAUGCACUGGCUUUCUGUGAAAGUCUCUAUGAUCCAUAUCGCAACUGGAGGCAGAGAAUUGCAGGACGUAUCCUUAGUACAGUUGAAAAGAGCAGACAGAAGUAUAAACCGGCUUCCCUCACUGUUGAGUUUGUCCCUUUCUUUUAUCAAUGUUUCCAAGAAAGUGAACAUCUCAAGGAAAGCCUGAAAUGUUGCCUAUUACAUCUCUUUGGAGCUAUUGUGGCUGGUGGUCAGAGAAAUGCUCUUCAAGCAGUAUCUCCUGCCACCAUGGAAGUCUUGAUGCGUGUUUUAGCAGACUGUGAUAACUGGGAUGAUGGGAGCCCUGAGGAAGUGAGCAGAAAGGCAGAGCUUACUCUGAAGUGCCUGACAGAAGUCGUCCAUAUCCUUCUUAACAGCAGUUCUGACCAGCGGCAAGUGGAGACCAGUACAAUACUGGAGAACUAUUUCAAGUUGCUUAAUUCAGACCAUUCAGCCUUACCUAAACCAAGGCGAUGUAGGCAGUGGGAGAGCAGGUUCAUAGCACUACAGAUCCAAAUGCUGAAUACAAUCACAGCCAUGUUAGACUGCACGGACAGGCCUGUUCUACAGGCAAUUUUCCUUAACAGUAACUGCUUUGAGCAUCUCAUUCGACUGUUGCAGAACUGCAAGCUUUUUUUAAAUGCUAACAAUAAAGUGGCAGACAAGAGUGAAAAAGACCUUGCCAACAAAUUACUGACAGAAAUGAAUGAGGACCAGGUAUUUCAGGGACAUCUAGACUGCUUGGCAGUAUCAACCAUUCAGGCCCUCACAGCAGUAAUGCACAAGUCUCCAGCUGCUAAGGAAGUCUUCAAGGAGAGAAUUGGUUAUGCACAUAUCUACGAGGUACUUAAGUCACUGGGUCAGCCCUCACGGGAGCUGCUGGAAGAACUCAUGAAUAUGGCUGUUGAAGGUGACCACAUGGCUGUUGGGAUACUAGGCAUCAGUAAUGUCCAGCCAUUAUUGCUGCUUAUCCAGUGGCUUCCAGAGCUGGAGUCACAUGACCUGCAGAUCUUCAUCUCAAAUUGGUUGAGGCGGAUCUGCUGUAUCAACAGGCAGAGUCGUGCCACAUGUGUCAAUGCAGACAUGGUCAUCCGUAUCAUUGAGACACUAAAUCACCACUCUGCGCUCCAUUGUACUUGCGCAGAGAACCUGAUUGCCCUUCUGGGCUCUUUGGGGAGCCAGUCAAUGGGGUCAGAAGAACUGCUUCAACUAAUACGGCUCCUGAGGACUGAGGAGCCAAAACAGGCUCAUCCUUAUGUUAUUCCAGUGAUGCGAGCCAUUCUGGCAAUGGCUCGGAAACAGGGCAUGGCUAGUGCCUUGCAGUAUUUCAACUUGUGUCACAGUAUGGCGGGAAUUGCUGUUCCAUCAAUUCAGAAGUGGCCAGGCUCUGCAUUUUCUUUCAGUGCUUGGCUCUGCCUUGAUCAAGACCAGGUGGACCCUAGCACAACUAGCAAAACUGGCAAGCGGAAGCAACUGUAUAGCUUUUUUACAGGAGGCGGUAUGGGUUUUGAAGCCUUUAUCACAUGCUCUGGAGUGUUGGUGGUUGCAGUUUGCACAAAGAGAGAAUAUGCGACAGUGAUGCUACCAGACCACUGUUUUUUUGACUCACUCUGGCACAACGUAACUAUUGUUCACAUGCCUGGAAAGAGACCCUUUGGUCAGAGCCUUGUGUACAUCUAUGUCAAUGGACAGCAGAAGAUCUCUGCCCCACUUCGAUUCCCUGCCAUGAAUGAACCCUUUACUUCUUGCUGCAUUGGUUCAGCUGGUCAAAGAACAACAACUCCUCCUCCAUCUCAAAUACCAGAUCCACCUUUUUCUUCCCCUAUAAUGCCCCAUCGUACGUCACUUGGGGGCAUUCUCUCUCCAGGAAGUUGGGGUGGGAUGCUAGCAAAACCAGAACUCAUCACCAAGAUGAUCUCAGCAGGGACUCAGGAUAGUGAAUGGGGAUGUCCAACAUCAUUGGAGGGCCAGCUUGGUUCAGUUAUCAUCUUCCAUGAAGCACUGCAACCCCCUCAGGUGAAAGCAUUGUAUUUAGCAGGUCCAAACUGUUUAACUCCAUGGAAAUCUCAAGAGCCUGAAGUAGCAGAUCUCCCCAGUAAGGUGUUGCUUCAUUACACACCAAAGGCCUGCAGAAAUCCAAUUUGUCUUGACCUGUCUGCAAAUCUCUUACAUGGAAGGCUCACUGGAAACAAAGUAGUGAACUGGGACAUCAAGGAUAUGAUCAACUGCAUUGGUGGAGUAAAUGUGCUGUUUCCAUUGCUGGAGCAGAUCAGUUUUCUUGGUAGACAGAUGUCUGAGAAGCCUGUAGGGGAAACUCUACCUCCUGAAGCAGUUACUCCGGUAGAGGGAGACUGGGUGGUAUUGUCAUCCACAAAGGCAUCAGAAGCACGCCUGGAGAAGAACAUCGUUGCAACUUUCAUCUUGGUGAUUAAACACUUUAUUCAGAGACACCAUGUUAAUCAAGAAAAUCUCAUUCACUCCCAUGGAGUUGCCACCCUAGGAACCUUGUUACAGAAGGUACCAAGCAACUUAAUGGAUGUGAAUGUACUGAUGGCUGUACAGCUAUUGAUAGAGCAAGUCUCAGUUGAAAAGAAUUUGCAACUUCUGCAACAGAUGUAUCAACACUUACUUUUUGACUUCAGCAUCUGGAACAGUGGGGACUUCCCUUUCAGAAUUGGGCAUAUACAAUAUCUUUCUACGAUCAUCAAAGACAGCAGAAGGCUCUUCAGAAAGAAGUAUGGUGUACAGUUUCUUCUAGACACACUCAGAGUUUAUUACGGGAGUGGCUGCAAAGGCAGUGAUUUGGCUCCUGAUGACCUGAGAACAAUACGGACAUCCCUUUAUGGGUUGAUCAAAUAUUUUCUAAGCAAAGGUGGAACACAUGAAGAAAUACAGAGCAUUGUGGGAUACAUAGCUGCUACCAGUGAAGAAGAACAGCUCUGUGGAAUCCUGGAUGUUCUGUUCAACCUUCUUCAUUCCAGCUCAGCCCCAGAUCAACUUUUUUUAUUGCUUUUUGAACCAGGAAAUGCUGAUAUUCUUUAUGCUUUGUUAUUGCAUCAGAGAUACUCUGACAGGCUUAGAGAACUUGUGUUCAAGAUUAUGGAAGAGUUGUUGAAAUGUACUAAAGUUUAUGAACGUAGUAAGCACCGUAUGAGACUCAGAGAAGUGGGGUACUCCGGACUGGGACUCCUUCUGAAUGAAUCAUCAGUUACUAUUUCUCUCAUAAAAAACCUUCUUAACCAAGUUCUCCAUGCAGAUCCUGCUGUGAAUUAUAAAGAUCUUUUAGCUGUAGUGCAUCUGGCUCAUAGAUCAGAUAUAAACAUGAGAGUGGUUAUCUGUAGAAAGGUUUUGCAUCUUUUGCAUUCCCAACCGGAUGCAGCACAACAGAUUUCUCAGCAGCUCGGCUGGCAAGACACUUUGAUUAGACUCUUUCUGAGAGAAAACUCGGAGGUCCGAAUUGGCUUUAGAGAGAACAGGGCUGACUCCUCAAGGGAAGAGGAAAAAAAGCCUCCUGCCGAAGAUCUUCAGAAAUAUCAUGCUGAUAAGAUGGAGGGAGAUAAAGCUGAUACCUUUGCAUCUGUUAAUGGUUUGUUUGAUCAGUGGAGUUUAGAAGACAACAAAUCCUUGGAUGUCCCAGCUCAUUUCUCUGUUAUGCCACUGGAAGAUGCAUCCGCAGCAGAGAUGUCUUUUAAGUCUGAGGACCAAGAAGAAUUGUGGCACAGUAAUCCUUCACAUUUGAGUUUAGAUCUGUCCAGUGUUGAUUCUUAUGAACUGGCUGACGUUGUGAAUCAGAUGACAGAUAGCCUGCCCAGCACACCAUCACCUAUGGAGAACAGAAAACCAUUUUCUGGGCAGCCUGAAAAAGAGCUGGAUGUCAUAAGUGAUGUGGGCUUUAGUACUGCUGAUCUUUCUUUAUUUGAAAACCAAGGAGGAGGUGAUAAUGAACUGAUACAGUUACUUACAGACAUCCUACUGUGUAUAAUGUGGAAAGGCAUUGAAAGAUCUGAUGAUGAGGCUUGGAUGGAGAGAGGACAGGUGUUUUCUGCACUGACCAAACUGGGAAUAUCUAAUGAGUUGUUGCGACCUUCUGAUGAAAUAAAACUCAACUUGUUGGAGAAGAUGUUAGAAUGGUCAGUCACUGAUAACAGAGAUUCAAAAGCUCUCCCUACACAUACUGAAAAUGCUUUCCGGCUCUUGCUAAUUGUACAAGACUUUCUGCAGGCAGAAGGACUCGUUAAUUCAAAUUUAUGGACAGAAAAGCUAUUGGAGGAAUUAGUCACUCUUAUGGAUAGCCUGUCAGUCUGGUACUCGGCUGGCCCAGAAGCAACUGGGUUUUCACAGGUGCAAGUCCAGUUGCUCCUUGGAUUCAUUGCACAAGACAACUUACAGGUCUGUGCUAUGGCAGCAGCGAAACUAAAUACCCUUCUUCAGACCAAAGUAAUAGAGAGUCAGCCUGAAGCAUGCUACCUCCUGGGGAAGCUGGAAGGCAUCUUAAGUAGAUCAAUUGAAGAGAAGACAGAAACAUACUCAUUUUUGAUUCCGCUUGUUCGUACACUGGUAUCCAAAAUUUAUGAACUUCUCUUCAUGAAUCUACAUCUCCCUUUAUUGCCUUCUAGCAAUGGCAGCCCCUCUUUCUUUGAGGACUUUCAAGAAUACUGCCGAUCUGAUGAGUGGAAAGUUUAUAUUGACAAAUAUAUUAUUCCAAAUAUGAAGCAGUAUGAAGAAAAUUCAUUCAGACAUGGUCAUGAGCAGAUGGCGCUUUAUUGGAAGGAUUGUUAUGAAGCAUUUAUGGUGAAUAUGCACAAGCGAGACCGCGAGAGAGGAGAAAGCAAGCUGAAAUUUCAAGAGCAUUUUGUGGAACCAUUCAGCAGAAAGGCUCGACAGGAAAAUCUGCGGUACAACAGUAUGCUAAAGCAACUUAAUAGUCAACACACAGCUACUCUGAGACAGUGGAGAGCAGCCCAGCUUUACUUGCUCUCUGAACGUGGUCCUUGGUCUGAAAUGAAACAACAUCCUGUUCACUGGAAACUUUCAAAUGUUGAAAAUUUUUCACGUAUGAGACUAAAACUAGUGCAGAAUUACAACUUCAACUCUCAUCAGGAUGCUAGUGACCUGAGAGAUAACUUAGGUGUGUACCAAACGCAGCCCUCUAGUGAGUCUCUGCUUCUGGAGGUGGUGAAGCAGGUGAAAGUGAGUGACUUGGAAGAUGAUGUGCUUGAACUACCAGAAGAAGACGCAGCAGCCAGUUCCAACAUGGAUGAGAAGGAUGAACAGAGUCAGAAAGAAAAGCUAAUAUUGUCUGAAGACUGUGAACUCAUUACAGUAAUUGAUGUGAUACCUGGCAGACUGGAGGUCACUACCCAGCACCUGUAUUUCUUUGAUGGUAGCACUGAAAAAGAGGAAGGGGUUGGUUUUGAUUUCAAAUGGCAUCUUUCUCAAAUUCGAGAGAUACAUUUGCGUCGCUACAAUCUGAGGAGAUCGGCUUUGGAGAUCUUCCUUACAGAUCAAACCAACUACUUCCUCAACUUCAAUAAGGAGGUAAGAAACAAAGUAUACAGUCGAAUAUUGUCACUGCGUUCUCCAAAUAUUUCUGGGACCCGAUCUCCUCAGGAACUCUUUAAAGCUUCAGGUUUGAUGCAGAAAUGGGUGAAUAGAGAAAUAUCCAACUUUGACUACCUUAUUCAGCUGAACACAAUGGCAGGACGAACUUAUAAUGAUCUUGCUCAGUAUCCCGUGUUCCCCUGGAUUUUACGAGAUUAUACAUCUGAGGAACUGGAUCUGAAUAAUCCAGCAGUCUUUAGGGAUCUAUCCAAACCCAUUGGAGUGGUAAAUGAAAAGAAUGCUAAGGCUGUGAAAGAGAAAUAUGAGAAUUUUGAGGAUCCCCUUGGAAUGAUUGACAAAUUUCACUAUGGGACACACUACUCAAAUGCUGCUGGUGUCAUGCACUACCUCAUUCGGGUAGAACCUUUCACAACACUUCAUAUCCAACUUCAAAGUGGCAGGUUUGAUUGUGCUGAUCGACAGUUCCACUCUAUUCCUGCUACCUGGCAAGCUCUCAUGGAUAAUCCCAAUGAUGUCAAGGAACUUAUUCCAGAGUUCUUCUACUUCCCAGAAUUCCUGGAAAACCAAAAUGGCUUUAACUUGGGUCAGCUUCAAAUAUCCAAAGAAGUGGUAAAUGAUGUUGUUCUCCCCAAAUGGGCCCAUUCCCCAGAAGACUUCAUUUAUAAACAUAGGAAGGCUCUGGAAUCAGAAUAUGUUUCUGCUCAUCUUCAUGAAUGGAUAGAUUUGAUUUUUGGCUACAAGCAGAGGGGACCAGCUGCAGUGGAGGCACUCAACGUGUUCUAUUAUUGUACUUAUGAAGGGGCUGUGGAUUUGGAUGCUUUAACAGAUGAAAAGGAAAGAAAAGCUUUAGAAGGGAUGAUAAACAAUUUUGGGCAAACUCCCUGUCAGCUGUUGAAGGAGCCCCAUCCUCAGAGGCUGUCAGCAGAAGAGGUAGUGCAAAGACUAACUAGAAGUGAUACCUCUACUCUGAAUCUCUUCCAACACCUCACUGAACUGAAGUCAUUCUUCAUAGAGGGAAUCAGUGAUGGUGUCCCCAUUGUCAAAGCUGUUGUCCCCAGGAAUCAGUCACGUUCCUUUAUGUCUCAAGGAAGCCCAGAGAUAUUGGUAACAGCGAGUCUGAAUUGCAUUAUUGGAACCCAUGGUUGGCUGCCUUAUGAUAAAAACAUCUCCAACUAUUUUACGUUUAUCAAAGAUACCACAGUGACAAAUCCCAAAACGCAGCGCAACAUGAGUGGUCCUUUUGCACCUGGACUGGAGAUCACUUCUAAGUUGUUUGCAGUAUCUCAUGAUGCAAAACUCCUCUUUAGUGGAGGACACUGGGACAAUAGCAUCAGAGUGACAUCUCUUACAAAAGGCAAGCUGAUUGGACAGCACAUCAGGCACAUGGAUAUUGUGACCUGCUUGGCAAUAGAUUACUGUGGAAUCCAUUUAAUGUCAGGAUCCAGAGAUACUACCUGUAUGAUAUGGCAAAUAGUUCAGCAGGGAGGAGUGCCUGUAGGCCUGACACCUAAGCCAUUACAGAUCCUUUAUGGGCAUACUGAUGAAGUGACGAGUGUUGGCAUCAGCACUGAGCUGGAUAUGGCGGUGUCAGGAUCCAGGGAUGGGACUGUUAUUAUCCGCACCAUUCGGAAAGGUCAGUACAUGAGAACUUUGCGACCACCUUGUGAGAGUUCCCUCCUGCUGACUGUUCCCAAUCUGGCUGUGUCCUGGGAAGGCCAUAUUGUUGUCCACACCAGCAUAGAAGGAAAGACCACUCUUAAGGAUAAGAAUGCAUUACACCUGUAUUCUAUCAAUGGAAAGCAUCUGGGUUCUGAGACUCUGAAGGAGGAAGUGUCAGAUAUGUGUGUAACUGGCGAGUAUAUUGUGAUGGGCAGCUUACAGGGAUUUCUUUCCAUACGAGAUCUCUACAGCUUGAAUCUGAGCAUCUCUCCAUUAGCCAUGCGACUGCCAAUUCAUUGCAUUUCUGUCACCAAAGAGUAUAGCCACAUCCUUGUUGGCUUGGAGGAUGGCAAGUUGAUUAUCGUUGGUGUUGGCAAGCCAGCAGAGAUGCGCUCAGGUCAGCUUUCCCGAAAGCUCUGGGGAUCAAGCAAACGGCUCAGCCAGAUUUCAUCAGGAGAGACUGAAUAUAACACUCAAGAUUCCAAGUGAUUGCUGCUUCUACCUUCUCUCAUGGAUUUCAGAAACAUAUUUUAUAUUUUCGUCACUUUAAAUGUAUGUCUCUGCUUUCAGGGGCUUCACUCUUAACGGUCUGUUGAAGAUGAACCUAUGGUAGAGGUAUAGUAAAAAGCGUAUGUACUCAUGCAAGUUAGCUUGCUUGCAUAAUUUUCCUUAACCACGUUGAUCUGGUCACAACAGAAUCCCUCUCUAAAUAGCUGCUAAAACAGAGUUUCAGGGGGAAAAAAAGCAGCCAAACAAAGAAAAAAGAAAUGGACACAGGAAACAAAAACACCAGCCUUGCUAAUUGAACUUGAAAUAAGUAGCAUUUUAUUUAAAGCUGAAUAGAGCCAGAUGCUCCUUGACUACGAAAAAGAUACUUGACAUUGCUUUGAGAGCAUUGUAAUUCCCCAACAGUAAAUUAAAACUCUCUGUUACAGUGAUCCCAUUCAAAACUGGUAUAGCUGACAAUUAUGACCUUUUCAAUAUGUCUUUAGACUGAUUAACAACUUGUUGUGAUUUGUUCCUGUAAAUGGCCAUUGCUGUCUUCUGUGUAGUUCCUGUUUUAGGCUGUUCUGCAAGGAGCAUCUGUGUUGCACUAUUUGAUUAUCAGAAAUUCUUAAAAGUACAGACAUGAGUAACGUCAAAGGAUUUGAAGGUGGUGGAUGAGCUGAAGGAGGUAGGAAAUACUUGCUGCUAAAAAUUAUUUAUAUUUUUAACUAGACUAAGAAACACUAAGAAAUCCUAUAAUAUAGUUAACAUCCUGAAGAAACACAGCUGAGGAGUCACAUAUCCAUGUUGAUCAAAGAUCAAUCUUCUCUGUUAGUAAGGCAACUCUUCUAAAGAAAGAACAAUAGUUUCCACUGCAAAAUCAUUUAAACAACAUUGCAGCACAAAUUAAUUAAGUAGCACCUGUUUGUUUUUUUUGGCUUAGUAUUCACCAAACCAGUUGCUAGCCGUACUUCUAUUUCUGUAAAACAAGCAGGAAAACAGCGUAUCUGUUUUCAAGAUGUGUUUAAUAAUGGUGAGAAGAAAAUAUCAGAUCCAUACAUGCUCAUUGCACAACAAAAUAGUUUUUAAUUAGAUGCUAUAUUUUCAAAAAGCCAUUACUGGAUGUUUUCUUUGUUAAGCAAUAUGUGGUAAUAGAUGAGAGUGUGUUUUCCUAUCAUAAUGUUAAUGAUUUAAAUUAUAAACUCCAUCCUGUUGAAAAAGCCUGGUGCUGAGGGGAAAAAUAUGAUUUUUUUGACCGGCGUGAAAAGGUACAUGUGUAUAUGUGUCUGUGUGUAUAUAUGUAUAUACAUAUAUGUAUGUCUGUUAAAAAGAGAAUAUCAUUCCUCUUGCAUCUUUUUGGUGUAAGUGGAGUAUAGAUAAAAGGCAGAGCUAGAAAUGGUUGUUAGAUAAGAUAUUCCCUUUUGGCUACCCUUCUCUUCCCUCUGCCAUCACUUUUUUUGUUAUUUCUAUUUAUUUAUGGAAAUGAAUGUGUGUUGUACCUUCUCUAAAGAUUAUCAUAUAGACAUUGCUUGUGACUGGGGACCUGAUGAACUACCUGAGGAACUCCAUUAUGUAUAAUCUCAUUUCAUUAACUUUUGGCACAAUAUUUAUUAUCUUUAUUUCUAUAUAGUUAAUCCCUGCUCCUGGAAAAAGAUAAUUUUUAGAAGUCCAGUUAGUUUCACUAAAACUGUAUUCUCUUCCUCAAUGUCUUUACUUAAAACAAACAAAAAAACCCACCUCUUAAUGAGCAUGUUCUGGGGAAAAAUGUGUUUUUUCCUUACUUUAGAAGAAAUAGAUCAGACUAGUGAACAAAUGAGUCUAUCCAUAGUUGCAAUAUUCUAAUUAAUCACUGUGACAGACUGGAUUCUCUGGGAAGUUAGGAGAAAAUAAGAGUAAUUUCCCUGAGUCACUUGCCAAGAGAGCAUUAAAUUUCUGAGAGUGAAGUGGUUUGUUUUUUCAGACUCCGUACUUUAAAAGUGAGAACUAUUUUAGUCAAUUGCCUAUUUAGGAAGAAUACUAAAGAUAUUCUGGAAGUAUGAAGUGUGCACAUGAGAAUGUGAAGUAUGCUUGUCCAUUAUGAUUUCAUGAAGAAGGGAUUUCAGGGAAGAUCUUUCAAGAGUAGUUUGUUUUGGGAAGUUGAAAAAGAACUCACUUGGGGCAUUACAUUGAUGGUUUUAAUAAGUAUGCAUAUAUGUUCUGUUUAAAUGCACAUAUGAAGUUAAGUAUAUGCUUGCAGAGGAAGGGAGAGGAAAUAACAUUUCAAGUUAGCAGAAUCAAGUAGAGAAAAAGGAGGAGAUGGUUAUUUUGUAGUGUUUGGGGAGAAAAUCUUUGUCACUUGCACAGAGGUUCACAUAAAGGUUUGAAAAACAUCCUACUGUGUUUAGGCUAUGUUUAUACAAGAGAUGAAAUAAGAUUUUUAAUAAUUUAAUAAUCAAGAAUACUGAACACAAUGUGUCAGCUUAAGUAACAUAAUGCAGUUGCAGUAAUUGAGGAUGAGAGGACUUAUGGUGAGGAGCAUUGACAUUUGAAUACCAUCAUUUCAGUUCAUUGUGAGCAUUGGGUGAUCUUUAGAAAUAUCUGGGACAGGUUGAAAUGUGGGCAGUUCUAGAGCUGCCAGACUUGAUAGCAGCUUGUGCUCUGCACAAAGUGGCAGCAGCAAAUGAGGAAAGGUGAACUCUGAGCUACUUCAUGUUCUAUGCAGAAUAGCAACGUACGUUACCUUUUCAUUUUCACAUGAUGCUUCAGGAUGAGUGUACACCACAACACAGUGUUCUUGCCAGACCCUCUGGAAAGUCCCCGAGAGUUCUAAGAUCUGCACUUUGCCUUUAUUUAAAAUCAGCUUUAAAUAAAAGAUAUAGGUGGUAAGUUUAGGCAUUAGGUGGUAUUUUGCUUUACUUCUUUGUAUGUCUUUCAAGUAGAAAGUCUUCUUAUUUCUGUCAGCUAUUCAGGCUAAUUGAAUUGCAGUCUAUUAUGCAGUGCAGCGUGUACGAACUGAACUGAAUUAUUUUUCUUCCUUUUAAUUUCCUCAAGCCAAGUAGAGCACAUUGUUUUUCAUGUAGAACAAAACAUAUUUGUGAAAUUAGAUUUAAGUGUAAACAAGUAAAGCUGUGAGAUAAAAACUAUUCUGAUUAGGAACAGAGAAUAAACAUGUAAGUGCACAGUUAUUUUGUAACACUACAUUUGUCUAGACCUUCUUGAUGGUACCUUCUUUUAUUUCGUUUUUGGAACAUCCUUAAUUAUAUUUAUCAAAACUAAAGAUACGCUUACCUCUGAAGCUGAGUAAGGAAGUGUGUAAAUACAUAUAAAAGAAACUGAAAAUUUGCUUUUGAUAUUUGUAUAUAAACUAGAUCAAGCAUUAGCAGUAUUGAAUAAAUUCUCCCUAGAAUUUGAAAAUAUAUACCAAAAGAUGAUAUUUAGAAGACAUCUCUCCUUUACUUCAAGUAAAACAUUUGUUAAAUUUCUUAGUUUCCUUGUAGUUCUUGAUAAUAUUUUUAGUUGAUCUAUAGUGAAGAAUCUCAUCUAGCCUUUGCAGUUUUUAUACUAUACCAGCAUUCAGAAAGUGAAACGUUUGCAGUUCAAGUUAGCAUCUGACUUACACGAAUUAUAUGGUAUAAUAUCUACUACUCAGUCAUAGGAUAUCUAGGAACUCUAUCAUCCAUAUACCUUACCAACACCAGCACAAAAUGAUAAUCUCUGUCUUAAGUGCAUUCUUCUUGCAUAUAAAUAUAUACCCUUAGGCCUGAUCUAAUAAAUACUGUGUAGGGUUAAUUUGGUGGGAAUUUAAGCAUGUACUUCCGUGCUUUUGCAAAUGGGCUUUUCAUGCCUUUUGGUUUAAAACCUAUGUAGUAUUCAGUGUUAAACAUGACACUUUGUUGGUAAUCAGUUGCCUGUGAAGUUUCUGCUAAGGAGCAACUUAAGCUGUGCAAAUGUAUACGCUCUGAUCUAGUUACCAGCAUAUAUUAGCAAACUCUCCAGAAAGUAUUACAGAUAGUCGAAGAAAGUGGUUCUUAAAUGAGAUAUACCACAAAGUGCUACGCUUCUGUAAACUUUUUGUUUUCAUUCACCUUGCUGAACUUGAACAUUGCUUUUGUGAAUGGUCAGUCAGAUUUGGCAUUAUAAUAAAUUGAUAACAGCACAGCAACUGCAAUGAAGCUAAUGAAAAGGCUUUAUACAACAGACUGUAUUAACUUGCAUUGCUUUUAAAAUUGUGCAUGUCUGUUUGGCUAAGGCUGUGCAGAUCCAGGCAGUGACACAAGAGGUACGUCCUCCCUUUGGGGAGAGAGAAUUUUUGUGCUCUCUCAUGCGUGUGGGUUUGUUGUAUACCAAUGCCAGACUCAACCAAAGUGUUUGGAAGAUGCCUUUCUUUCCAUCCCAGGGAACAAAUUUCUUGUUACUAAUAAUAGCUCUUGUUAACACAUGCUUUUAAAGAAAGCCAGCUUCUACAGUUAAUAAAAAUGAGUAGAACGUUGUCUCCUCAUUCAGUACUAUAGUCAUCAGAAUGCAGAAAGGCCUCUGAGUGGCGACAUAGCAUCAUCUGCAGUUUACUUCUCAGUCAGUGAUUAGUAUUCAUUUCACUGCAGUCUUGAACACUGCACAGGUGUGCUUGUAGUGUUUAAUCAAAGAUAGUCUUUAUUCAGUUUUUGUUCACCAUUUUGUUGUGCAUCUCUGGAAGAAUACUGAUGAUUUUUCUUUUAGUUACUGUUUACUCAGAUGACUCAAAUAGAAGAGGUGAGAGUUCCUACAGUUGUGUAUGCUGUCUAUUUUCAUCUGCUGGAAUUGGGAAACUUGGAAAGUAAUUCCAGAGCUUAGGUCUGUGACUAGACUCUGUGCAGCAACUGUCAUAACUAAUUUCUGUCCCCGAAGCAUGAUUGUCAGUACAGAUUAUGGUCUAAUGCUGCUAAGGUGUCUUGAGAUUGAAAGAUAAAACAUCUAGCCAUAUGCAUCGUAGAUCUAAAUGAAGUUAGAAACCAUUUGUUGAUUUAAUUUCCCAUCUAGUCAGCAUUUCUCUUGAGGGAGACAUAUUUUUAGCCUUGUAGUAACUGUUUAAAAUAAACUUAUUUGUGUACCUGGUAAUACUGCUUUUAGUUGUAUGCAGCUGUGAGCUAUUAAAGCAAGCCACAAGGGGAGGAAAAAAAGAAAAAAAAAAACACAAGGAGAACUUGCUACAUGUGUCCUGAUUCAACCUUUAGCUAUGCAGGAGCAUCUUAAUGUAAGAUUAGACUGCUUUUGCACUUCCUCUCAUUGGUCAGUCUUCUGUUGGAAGUUCUGCUGCUACUCAAAGUUUGCUUGAUGAAAUUCAGUAAGAAAUUAUUUGAUAUGCCUCAGCAUUUCUUUAAAUUAAUAAAGCUAACAAGGCAGUGCAAACAAAGGCCUUACUUAGAGCAACAGUUAAUCAUAUUUUCUGACUCUUACACAUUGUGCAAUUGUGAUUACAAAUGGGUUUUUAAAUGCCAAAAAAUGCCUUUUUUUUUUUAAGGGUUAAAUGUUAGGUCUGAGGAGUAUUAAGUAUGUACUUUUAAAAAUGAGCCUUCAGGCACUGUAACAAACUUGCUGUUAGUCUUCUGUGCAAUAUCUCUUUCCCUUCUGGGUGCUUUAAGUGUAUACUGUAUGUCUUAUUUUGGUUUGAUCAGUAUGUUUUGAGAGUGUGUAUAUUAGCUAACGAUGGAAUUUUUUUUUCUGUACAGCAUGGUGGAAGAUGUUUUAAAAUUUUGCACUUUUCUAGGAUUUGCAAGUUUGUAACCUAACAAUUUUUAACAUGCACAAUUUUGUACAUAAUUAGCAUUGUAUAUAUUUAAAAUGAGUAUGAAGCCAAUAAAAAUAACUGAAUGCAAAA